UGAUCCCUAAACAACAAUGCUAGCUGGUCAGCUAGUCACAUAUCCAGCGUUAUUUUUCAUUCUGUAGUGUAGUAUCAUAAAACAACACAGACCACCUAUUCUGUUCUAAUCAGUUGCGUUAAAGCGAAAGAAAUACAAAGAACUGAAGUUAGGAAACAGUAGUCCAUAGUAUGGCUGGGAUUAAAGAUGCAUAUCAGCUCAUAGACCCUGUAACGCUGAGACUUGGAGAAGAGAGCGUCACAUCCAACCUUUAUUCCAUGUCUGCCAAGGGCAUUGAAGCCCGUUUGUCCAAUUUGGUGGAGGCCUUCUUGGUUGAGGUGUUCCGCUGCAGAGUGUGCCAAUUCACCAGCAGUCUGAAGGGUAGGAUCUGCAGUCACAUCACCGAGAGCCAUUCUUCACCACCAUUAUCAUCACCACCAUGCCGCCACCUCUCCUGCCUGGAGAAGGAGGAUGAGGAGAGCUUGACUGAGCUCGACCAGAACGCCUCUCCUUAUGAUCUCCAUUCUGGCUCCAAAAAUGGCGAGGAUCACAUGGACAUGGACCGCAUGUUCCUGCUCCCAAUGUAUGGCAUGCUGCAGAACAUCAGCCCGCCGCCAUGCGAUAUCAACUUGAGCGCCAACUCUGACAGCAACCUUCAUGUGGCCCAGACGUGUGAGGUGAGCACUUUGUUUGACGAAGACAGACACUGCGAAGAGGAGGACGUUUUUCAGCUGGAGGAUUCCAGCCACAGACUCCAAGGGCCCCUUUCUGCUGAAAUCGCCUGUGCUGAGGAUGAAGAAAUGGCGCAGUCUGCUCAUUUAAUGACCCUCGGCUUGUGCAGAAUCUCUAGCGCCAAAUGUCCCUCUCAGCCUGCCACCCUUUCUGUGCCCCCUGGUGGACAGGACGUCUCGGAGACUUUCCUGGAAGACAAACAACCCCUUCUGACCACGCCUGAAAUACAAAAGCAGGCUGAAGAGGAAAUGGGUCUUUCUUGUGUUUUCUGUCAGGCCGUCUUGGCCAACCAUAGGCUGCUAGAGGUGCACCUGAAGUGCCACGAUGGUGAGCAGGGCUUCAAAUGCCCGCGCUGUGGCCGAGCAGCGGCAGACUGGGCCGAUAUGGAGUGCCACUGGAGGAGCCAUGCUAGAAAGAAGAGGUCUAAACACCACAAGUGUUCUUUUUGUCCCAGGACGUUCAGGAGAUCAGACUUGUGUGAAGCUCACCAGAAGAGGCAUAACCGAGCUCGGACUAAGCCCGCUUCUCUGACACAGUGCUCCCUGUGCUUCGAGUGGUGCCGCCCAGGGCAGGAGUGGGAGAUGCACCAGCGCUGCCACAUACAGGGAGGGUUUAAGUGCUUGCACUGCGAUUUCACAGAAAAAGCUUGGAAGAAGACGUACAAGCACGUCCUCAAUCAGCACGCGCAGGGUGAUGGCGAUUCACACCACAACCUCUCCUACAACUUAUCAUCCGUGAAGUUUGAUUCGCAGUUGUCAAACAGUUACUCCAAAUGCCUCGGAGAUGUGCAGGCGGAGUCGUGGAGACAUGUGACCAAGAUGAGCGUGAAGCACGAGGUGGUGAGAAAGAAGAAAAGCGACAAGGACAAAAGGGAGUGUAUAAUAUCCACCGAGCAGGAGACUAGUGUGGGAUUAAAGACUUUCACUAAACGGAAAGACUUCUGCUGCACGCUUUGUGAUAAAAAAUUUUCCACCAAGCUGACCAUGCGGCGUCACAUGGAUAUUCAUCAGGGGGAGAAGCCUUUUAAGUGCCCUGCCUGCAACUACAGCACCAGACUGAAAGCCUCACUCAUUCAGCAUAUGCGUGUCCACACAGGUGAAAAGCCUUACAAGUGUCCCCAGUGUUCGUAUGCCUCCAUCGACAGGAGCUCUCUGAGGCGACACUCACGGACACACACUCAGGAAAAGCCCUACCGCUGCCAGUACUGUCCGUACAGCUGCAUCCAAAAGAAAAGCUUGGACCUCCACUCACGUCGGCAUCACACCGGAGAGUCAUUCCCCUGCCCGCUGUGCCAAUACUCAACACCGGACCGGCAACUGCUGCUACGACACACACGCAAACACCACACCUCUGAGAACUCUUCUAUACUCGGGCCGAGGAGCACACCGUCUUCUAAAAGAACUCGAACCUCCAAAUGACACCGACAAUAACACAAAGAUCAGUCUGAAUAAGCGAGAUAGGAAAAAUUGCCUUAAUUUACUUCACCAAUGACAGAAAUGUAAGAAAGCACUUGUCUCUGUAUCUGGGUGGAAUAUAAUAUCAAGUGAAGCCACUUGAUGCUGAUACUAAUAGUAUAGUGCGCCGGAAUGCCCACCACACACCGGCUGUUAGUGGAGAGGAGCGAGUGAUGUAGCUAAUUCAGGGAUGGAGAUUAUUAGGGGGCCAUUAUAGAUAAGGGUCAAUGGGGGAAUUUCGCCAGGACACCGGGGUUAUACCCCUACUCUUUUAUGAUAAGGGUACAGGGAUUUUUAAGAGACUCAGGAUCACGGUUUAACGUCUCAUCUGAAAGACAUUGCUUGUUUUGACAGUAUAGUGUCGUCACUAUACUGGAACAUUAGGCCCCACAUAGACCAGAGUGUGAGCGCCCCCUGCUGGCCUCACUAAUACCACUUCCAGCAGCAACCUUAGUUUUCCCCAGGAGGCCUCCAAUCCAGGUACUGUCCAGACUCAACCCUGCUUAGCUUCAGUGGGAACCCAGGUGAGAACUGAAUAGAGAUAUGGCUCUGUCAUAUAUGGUUCUGCUAUGGAUCAGUUGAAAUCCACAAAAGUCAAAAAGUCAAGUUUUGUGUGUUAUUAUUUAAAAUAAAUCGCUUAUUAAAUUCCUUAUUUGUCAUUUAAAUCGGUUGUUAUUGCGAAAGGAAAUAAUCAUUCGGGACUAUCCGUAAAAGACUCGAGCGUAAGUAAAGUCAUCGCUUCUCACAGUUUUUACAUUAUAUUCCUGAAAAUAACAAUAAACAACAGUGCGAAACGAUAUUCGAUACAGCUGUUCUCAUCUGCGAGCCAGUUUAUCAAAAAAUAUUUUGCUGAUUAAUUCACACAAACACUGGGACUGUGAAAAUACUUUUCUGCAGCCUUACAGACCACUAAUAAAAUAUUUUCUGUUAUAUUUUUGUUGCAACCGAGGUUUUAUAAUGUGAUCGAUGUGAAAUAUAUAAAUAUAUAUAUAUAUCAUUGCACUUUUAUAAAUUUGAAGUUGAAUUAGUUUUCAAUAAUCAAUCGUACAAUGGAAGUAAAAUAAUUUCUAUUUUGAGAAACA